AUGCCUUCCUCCUCGCCUGCUGGCUCAAAGCCAGAGAAGACCAUGUCUUCGCGGCUACUCACAAUGAAAUUUAUGCAACGCGCGGCUGCUGCUAAUGCUAAAGAUUCUUCGCAAGCGCAAUCCACCGAAACCUCCAACUCCCCCACUCCGAAACGACAGAGACUUUCAGUCGGCCACGAUAGCCCUCCCGCCCAGCAAUCAUCAGACCUAGAAGCUAUUUCGGCCGCGCUGGCUGCGGAGGAGGAAAAGCGGAGAGAAGCUGUCAGUCGUCAAGCCGCGGAGGCCGGUGAAUCAGAAUGGGUGCUCGAUUAUUCCGGUUUUGGGGAACAGCAGGCAACACAGCCGUUGGUUGUCGCGGCAGGCUCCCUGGAUGCGGACGAUGAUGCGGAUAUGCUGUACAGUGGGCGACAGUCUUACGGAAACUUCAAACCCAAGAAGAAGGCACAGACACAAACCGUGUCGAAGAAUAAUGAUGGAGAGGAAGAUGAAGACGAAGAUGAGGAAGAUGAGGACGAGGAUGGAGAUGAAGAUGGAGGAAACAGAAACAAGAACACAAAAAUGGACGUCCUCGCCAUGAUCAACAAAGAGAAGAAGGCAGCGAACAAGAAAGGAAAAUUCAAACCGCAGGCCGAGAGACCCAGACUAUCUCAGCUCACCAGCUUAUCGGGUACUCGCCAGGGUGCUGUGGGAGGAGGUGGUGGUAAUAAGUCUCAGAAGAAACGCAAGCAUAAAUAA